CCGCAGGGCUGGCGGGGCCGCGCGCCACGCCCCCGGGUUCGAAAGGCGCGGGAGCGGGCGCAGGGUUUCGGUGAACUUGGAGCCUGGCGCCGCGAGGCUCCAGCCGGGGAUGCGGCGGCAGCUGCUUCCUGGUUUGAAGCUCGCCGAGUGGGGGAGAGCGUGAGCCCGCGGAGGCGGGCGCCGGAGGAGAGGCAGGAGGAGGCGGGGGCAAGAGACGCUGGGGCUGGAGCUCACCGGACGGGUCGCUCUGGCUCUCCGAGGAGAGGAGCCUCCCGGCUCUGGAGGAGGGGUGAGUCCUGCGCGAGACCCGGGCAAGCGCCGCGCGCUCGAGACGGACGGCGCGGCUCCUUCGGCCCUCGGCGAGCUCAGCGCCGGGCUCCCCUCCUUUCCACCUCGCGAGGGAGGGAGGCAGGGAAGGAGGGGAGGAGAAGGUCCCGCAGGAGAGGCAGAAUGGCCCGGCGAGGGGGACUUGGGCGCUGCUGUCCCCGAGAGCUGCCUCCACUCCAGCGGCUGCCGCGAGGGCUGCCCUGAGCAGGGGCUCCGGGCUCUCCCACUGCGAGCCAGGGCGGCCCCCCGGGGCCGGGAAAGCGGCGCCGGCAUGUCGUCCGACACCAUGAAGUUCAAUGGCUACUUGAGGGUCCGCAUUGGCGAGGCCGUGGGGCUGCAACCCACCCGCUGGUCCCUGCGCCACUCGCUUUUCAAGAAGGGCUACCAGCUGCUGGAUCCCUACCUGACGAUCAGUGUGGACCAGGUGCGCGUGGGCCAGACCAGCACCAAGCAGAAGACCAACAAACCCACGUAUAACGAGGAGUUCUGCGCCAACGUCACCGACGGCGGCCACCUCGAGCUGGCUGUCUUCCACGAGACGCCCCUGGGCUACGACCACUUCGUGGCCAACUGCACCCUGCAAUUCCACGAGCUGCUGCGCACCGCCGGCGCCUCGGACACCUUCGAGGGCUGGGUGGAUCUGGAGCCAGAAGGGAAAGUGUUUGUAGUAAUAACCCUAACCGGGAGUUUCACUGAAGCUACUCUCCAGAGAGACCGAAUCUUCAAACAUUUUACCAGGAAGCGCCAAAGGGCUAUGCGAAGGCGAGUCCACCAGAUCAACGGACACAAGUUUAUGGCCACGUACCUGCGGCAGCCCACCUACUGCUCUCACUGCAGGGAGUUCAUCUGGGGAGUAUUUGGGAAACAGGGUUAUCAAUGCCAAGUGUGCACCUGUGUCGUCCAUAAGCGCUGCCAUCAUCUAAUUGUUACCGCCUGCACUUGCCAAAACAAUAUUAACAAAGUGGACCCAAAGAUUGCGGAACAGAGGUUCGGAAUCAACAUCCCGCACAAGUUCAGCAUCCACAACUACAAAGUGCCAACAUUCUGUGAUCACUGUGGCUCCCUGCUCUGGGGGAUAAUGCGACAAGGACUUCAGUGUAAAAUCUGCAAGAUGAACGUGCACAUCCGCUGCCAGGCGAACGUGGCCCCGAACUGCGGCGUGAACGCGGUGGAGCUGGCCAAGACCCUGGCCGGGAUGGGCCUCCAGCCCGGAAAUAUUUCUCCGACCUCGAAGCUCGUUUCCAGAUCAACUCUAAGACGACAGGGAAAGGAGAGCACCAAAGAAGGAAACGGGGUCGGCGUUCAUUCUUCCAACCGGCUUGGUAUCGACAAGUUUGAGUUCAUCCGAGUGUUGGGGAAGGGGAGCUUUGGGAAGGUGAUGCUCGCAAGAAUAAAAGAAACAGGAGACCUCUAUGCCGUGAAGGUGCUGAAGAAGGACGUGAUCCUCCAGGAUGACGAUGUGGAGUGCACCAUGACGGAGAAGAGGAUCCUGUCCCUGGCCCGCAAUCACCCCUUCCUCACUCAGCUGUUCUGCUGCUUUCAGACCCCUGACCGCCUGUUUUUCGUGAUGGAGUUUGUGAAUGGGGGCGACUUGAUGUUCCACAUUCAGAAGUCUCGUCGUUUUGAUGAAGCACGAGCUCGUUUCUAUGCUGCGGAAAUCAUCUCGGCGCUCAUGUUUCUACACGAGAAAGGCAUCAUCUACAGAGACCUGAAGCUGGACAAUGUGCUGUUGGACCAUGAGGGCCACUGUAAACUGGCCGACUUCGGAAUGUGCAAGGAAGGGAUCUGUAACGGCGUCACCACGGCAACCUUCUGUGGCACGCCCGACUACAUUGCGCCAGAGAUCCUGCAGGAGAUGCUGUACGGGCCCGCCGUGGACUGGUGGGCGAUGGGUGUGCUGCUCUACGAGAUGCUCUGUGGCCACGCCCCCUUCGAGGCCGAGAACGAAGACGAUCUGUUCGAGGCCAUCCUGAACGACGAGGUGGUCUACCCUACCUGGCUCCAUGAAGACGCCACCGGGAUCCUGAAAUCUUUCAUGACCAAGAACCCUACUAUGCGCUUGGGCAGCCUGGCUCAGGGCGGCGAGCAUGCCAUCUUGAGACAUCCUUUCUUUAAGGAGAUAGACUGGACCCAGCUGAACCAUCGCCAACUAGAACCGCCUUUCAGACCCAGAAUCAAAUCCCGAGAAGAUGUCAGUAACUUUGACCCUGACUUCAUAAAAGAAGAGCCAGUUUUAACUCCAAUUGAUGAGGGACAUCUUCCUAUGAUUAACCAGGAUGAGUUUAGAAACUUUUCCUUUGUGUCUCCAGAAUUGCAACCUUAGCCGGAUGGGAUGAGAGAGAUGGCCUGAGACUCACAAGGGGAUACAGAUUUCCCGGGACAGCCGCCCUGGGGGAGUCCCCAGCAUCAGCCUUAGAACAAGAACGUUAACGUCAGGGAGCAGGUGGGGAACUCGGAAGGACAGAACUUUGAGAGAGCAGCUAUUCCAAGUCCUGAGGGAGCCAUGGCACUGGGAACACUUAAUACUGAGCUGAGAGUUCAUGAAGAAAUACACUGUUCAGCCUGUGAGCUUCCAUGGCUGCUCUGGGCUUGGGAUAGUAAGAGGAACCAAAAGGAGAGAAGGCGUGAAGAAUGAACUAGAUCCUAGAAAAUACUCUGAGCGCACCAGAAUAUUUUCAGGGAACAAAUCCAGACUGUGGAUGGACCUGUCUGUACUCUUCUUGAAGCCAAUGAGCCCCUAAUACUGGCAGUCAGCCGGAAGUCUCUGGAUGCUCAUGAAGAAUCUAAAGAUAAGGACACGAUGGCUUUCUAAACAGACUAAUUGACCCUGAAGAAACAAAACAUGGUAUGCAAAACAUUCAUAGCCUGAAGCUCCACCUCGAAAGCAGACGUUGGGCACCAAGACAACAUUCCAGUGUAUUCUCUCAUCCUUACCGUGAUAUUUAUUGGGUGCCCAGUGAGCUAGUGUAAACAGAUUUGUGUUCACCAAGCUUUCGUUCUCCAGUCCAGUCAUUUACACGAAUGGUGUUUGCAUUCUGUGAAAUUCCUCUCCGUGUCGCAUAUGUCAUACUUCUCUGUCUGUCCUUCACUCUGUCUCCACAUCAGGCUCACUGCCACAACAGCAGCUGCCGCACAAUCAGCAGAUGAACCAGAGGUGCUCGCUGCCUGCUGACUCGUGGACUCGUCAUGGGGCAAUGGGUCAUUGUUGCUCCGAACCGCUCAGUGAAGAGUCGCCUGCCACUCACGUCAGUGACCAGACUUACGGCUUAUUCCUUCGCGGUUUAUUUAAAUUAUAUUUUAAGAGACAGAGAUGUUUGUUUGGUAUGCAUUUUAAUAAUUAGAAAUGGCUCUUGUAAAUGGGACAUUUAUCAAAGAAGGACCUUAUCCUAUGUAUCUGUAUGCAGUUGGAGAAUUUUAUCUGGCUGAAAAUAAAUGCAUUUUGUAGCAAACGGAAAUUUUUUUGGUCUAGAAGGAUUUGUCCCAUUCCCUCUAUGAGAGCAGAUAUCCAGUGAAAAUAAUAGCUUUGAGCGGAAUGGAUAGGACUCUUGUCUUACAGCAAGUUCCUAAGAGGAAAGGUUGAUGUAACCUUCUGUGUAGCCCUUAAGUGAACGUGGCCAGUCUCUUACUGACCAAAACUUCUGUUCCGGAUCACAGUGAUGACUGCUAAGCAUUGCUGCAACAGCCUAGCCCCUGAACUCUCGGUAGCUAGAUGUGAUAUUUAUUUCUCGUUCACAUAAACUGUAGUGCAAGUUCAGGGCCCUCUUCCAUCUAACUACGCCGUC